GAUCCUGUACUUGUAAUUGUAGCUUGGUUUGGAAGCAAGAGAGUGAACAUACAACCAUCUAUUCUAUUCUCACUCGAUUGUUCUUCUCUUCAACCAGUUUGAGAGGUUUGACGGUGGUAGUCUAUAGGAAAAGUAAACAUCAUCUAUCGCGAUGGCGUCUAAAUCCAAACUGAAGGGCAAGAAUGACAUGACAAUGGUAGAUCAGAAGAAGAUCAAUGACUUUGCCAAUGCCAAUGCUCUUUUCCAAGAUGUAAAAGAGGAGAUCAAGACGAAAGAGAAAGAAAUGCAGGAUCUUAGUGACGCUAGUGAUGAUGUUCUGAUGCUGGAUGAAGGUGUCAAUGUACCGUACAAACUGGGCGAGGCGUUUAUCUGCGUCGACCAGGACUCUGCGCAGGAGAUGAUGGAGUCGGCCAAGGCCAACGCCGAGAAGCGCCUGGCUGAUCUGCGCGCACAGCAAGUCGAACUGCAGGCCACAAUGGCAGAACUCAAGAAGGACCUGUAUGGCAAGUUUGGCGACAACAUCAACUUGGAAUCGGAUGAUUAGCCGCCCCCGCUGCUAUUCAGUGUGACGUCUUCUACCCGUUUAGUGGUGGUUAUCCCAAGUUGUUCCGCUCUAUCGCAGGGCACAUUUCUGAACGACAAUUGACUGCUUGGCAUGCGGUGUGUAUGCCUGACUUGAUUCCAUGCCGCACGUGAAUUAGAUUCUCAAGCUAGAGCUGCCUUGGUGUGGCUGAGCUGCCGCCGCUAUCCGGGGCAAGAUUAUUCCUUUGAGCCCGUUCUCGAGCACUCUCUUUCCCGCUGGCGUUGAAGUGUGCGCCCAGCCCCUUGGCCAUGCUUGAGCAAAUCUGUCACCUCUACGAGUUGGCUACCAAAGGCACUGACUGACUUGCCCCCAGGAGAUGGGGUGCAUAUGGCAAUACUAUUGCUUUUCAGACAAUUUUAUUUUUAGGAUUUCUCUGGGACAAUCCAUUAUCCGCCAUGCCAGUUUCUGUCUGGAGCAUGCGGAUAUUGUUAUUUGGUGGUACAUCAUUCCAUGACUUCUUCCCAGUGCUUCUUUACGAACGUUCCAAUGAUUAGA